AUGGGAGGAUUAAUAAGUCUUAUCCGAGACAUAAAAACAGUCUACAAGGACCUCAAGGUAACUUUAAAGCUCACCGCUAGAAUUGUGCUGAAAGUUCAUAGUAUUGUGGAAGAUGUGGAGCAGACAGUGCAAGAACUAAAAGCAACCGUGAAAAAAUUGACAUCUAGGGUCCAGCCUCAAGAUGGAAUGAGUGAGAUACCGAUUGAAGCGUUGGUGGAAAACGUCGAAUCGAAGGCAAUUUCUCUAAAAACCUCCCUUAUUAAUGCCACCAGUCAAGUGUUUAAUGAUGAUCUCCUUAGAAAGACUCAAGAGAAAUGGAAUAUGGUUAUGCAGUAUUCAAGGGAAAGUAGCGAAGCUUUGGCAAACAUUGUUGCGAGUUCUUCAUUGAAUGUUAAAGGAAAGAGACACAGCGCUGCCGAAAAGGUAAACAGUUCAGAACAAUCCAUCUUCCUCUCGGAGCUCGCAAAGAAUGACUCACAAAGCGAGCAGGAGGGUACUUCCGACGCUGAUCGAGCAGUAGUCCCCGUUUUCUGUGAAGAAUUACACUACAGUCUUGACGAGGAAGAGAUUCGGGAUUUCGAGAUUUUACCGCUCGAUGUGAUGGACAGCUUUUGGAAAUGUGACAUUGGAUGCAUCAACAUUGACUGUGUUGAUUUUCACCAGUUAGCAACUAGCCAUCAGGCUUCCACCUCGCUAUCAAGGAAAAAGAAAUAUAAAAAACGCAGCAAGAACCAAGCAAAAUUUGUUAAAAGGUCUGCCUCUGGAUUUGGUUCAUCAGGUAAGAUAUCAUCAAGAGAGAGCAACCAGUCACCAGCAAGGUAUAACCCGCGCAAAGGUUCCAAGCAACGGAGGGAAACGGUCGCAUUAGAGCUAAUUUUUUUAGCUGCUGUUUUAGUGGAAGGCUUAGCGCUGUCAGAUAGCAAUGUUCCAGUUGGUGAAAAUAUGUGGGGCGAACGUAUUCGAAGUAGCUGGAGUCACUCGGGCGAAAUUAUCGAGCUGGAUGACUAGCUAAAAGUUCAACAUACGAUACGGGUACUUGUAAAGAAAACGGCGGGUGUCAGUCACCUGUACGAACAGGUAGUCAAAAACCGAAAAUGCCAUCAAACGUUAAUCACCAAGAAGAAAAUAUUCCAGUUUUCAACUGAGAAUUGGAAAGUAAUCAUAAAUCGUAAUUUUUUCCCGUCAUUGCUCUCUUUUCUUGACGUAAGAUAGGAACCAAACAAUCAGAAACAGUUCACAGCUAAGUCUAUUUGCGACUUUCUCCCGCGAUUAAGAUUUGCAUAAUUUAUUUCCGUUUUGUUGUAAAUAGCCCCUUUGACUGGUCCGUUGACUGAUCGAAAGUUGUGCCGGACAACUUUCGACGAUGUUUCACCUAACUCCUCUGGUAAACUCGCUUUAUUUCACGAGGCAAACUCGGAAAGAUGGCUAAAACUUCCAAUGGGGUGAAAACUACACAUUCCAAAAGCAAAGCCCUCCAAAAGAAAUCUUGUUCGUUGCUCAUAGGGUUGCUCAUAAUGAUAUCUUACUUUUUUAAUAUAGAUUUUCUUCUUAAGUUAGAUUUUUAGGUUUUUCCAUGGGAAUUGUGAGAGUAGCGAGGGGGAAAUUCUUUCUAACCAGAUCCAUUGUUUUUAAUAAGCCAGACAUAAAGCAUUCUUAACUAAGUAUAAAAAUUCCACCGUACUCAUUUAUAUUGACUCGAUUUGUAUGGGUUAUAAUUUAUCACGCUGAGACAAUGAGUAAUAAACAACAUUGAUCAUGGACUGGAAAUAAUUUGCCUGCUUUAUUUCAUAAAUGAAGGUAUUCACAAUCACACAUGAAGUAAUUCUUCUCUUUAGCCGCCAUUAGAACUGAGCACUACUGUCCGAUCUUAGACACUAGUUAGUGCGCGAUUUCUAAAAACAAUAGCAUGCCGGACACUGGUGUCUAAAAUCGGACACUAGCGUCUGAAAUCGGACAAGAGUGUCUAAAAUCGGAUAAUUCUUCCUACAAUCGGACACUAAUCUCUAAAAUCGGACAUUGGUCUCUAAAAUCGGACAUUAGUGUCUAAAAUCGGACAGUAGUGUCUAAAAUUGGACAAUAGUGUCGUCUAUCGGACAUUAAUGUCCAAAAUCGGACACUAGUGUCUAAAAUCAGACGAAAUUGUCUCUAAUUGGACAGUUCUGUCUAAAAUCAUACACCUGACUUAAAGGAAGAUGCAUGCCAAUUAAUCCAAGCUCUACGACGAAAUACGAGACCUACGCUUCCUUGAUUCAGGUUUGAUGUCAUUGACUAAUUGAUAUAUGUACAGGCAAGUUUUCUCACAGUUUGCGUGACAGCUUGACUUUGACCCAGACCCUUCUGUUCCCUGUGCAUGGUAACAUUUUAGACCAAUACCUUUCUCUCGUAUCGCCCCUGCUGCGCAGAGACAAGGACGGUUUAUGAACUUCACAAGUGUUGAAUGGGUUUUCCACUCCCUCAGUUUUCUCUCGCACCAACACCCAAAUAUUACCUGCUACACGAAGACAAUGAAAACUCGUAAACUGACAAAUAUUGGGUGAAAAGCUAAGAUUGGAAACAGGGCGAGAUUUCUUAUUAUUCAGGAUUAGCAAAAAAAAUUAACCUUUUUAAAUUUUGCGAGUUCUCGAGAUUUACGAAUUAUGGAUUCCUAUGUUUUCACUAGCGGAUGUGAUGAGAUAAUAAAAAAACAUUUCCAUCAUUGUCUUUUCAGUUGUUAAGUCCCUGAAUGAAACACGCAAAAACAAUUUUGGAAUGAGGAGUAUGAAAGUCAUUUUAUUGAUGAUCAAUUUUUUUAUUUUCUUGCCAUGUGCCAUACUGGCAAACGAAGGUAAGUUUCUUUUCAUUUUCCUCGAGUAAUUUAGAUUCCAGCUAUACAAAAUUUUGUUUGCUUGGAUAAUAUGGCGUAAAUAUUUUUUGCUCGAAAUAGCAAUUUUUUCGGAGCCAAUGAGGAAGCUUUACUAAAAUACAACAGCCAAGUCCUUGUUUAAAGAAACCAAUCAAAUUGCAAGGAAAUUAGAAAAAACUUUUGCAAUUUUCUACAAACCAGCUCACUACCAGGUCAACAAAACAUUCGUACAGACUAAAAACUCCUUUAUCUGAGCGACUGAAUUUUGCGAUUUCAAAGAUUUUAAGUAGUUAUUGAACUUCGUGUCUUGCAAUUUUAGUCUGAAAUCAUGUUUAUGUUUUCAAAUAUAAUUCGUGCUGUGCACUCCUUUGACUUAAAACUCACACAUAUGAUUUCAGACCAAAUAUGAAGACAAAUAAGUUCAAUUACCAUUAUUAAUUCAUGGUUGCCUUUUUUUCAUCAACCUGAUUUUUCGGAAAUAGUUAGAUCUGAUAUAUAAUCACAUUUUGUUCUGAAAGAAUUCAUGCAACACGGACAUAAAAAGUAAUUUUUAUGAACUUCGAAGUGCCAUUUUCCAAUUCUUGGACUUCAUCGUUGUGAAUAUCGAAUUUCUUGGGAAAAAAAAGAACUAACUAUGAUUUCUGUAUAGACCAGGAUAUAAUUGACUAUGUUUACCCUUAGAGCACGUCACGUUGCUGUUUGUGGGUGAUGUUUCGUUCGCUGGUCCUGUGAAAUACUACGUUGAACACAACUAUCACACGUAUGAGGACUCUUUCAGUGACGUGGCAGAAUACAUCAAGGAUGCUGAUAUAUCCGUGGCCAAUUUGGAAUGUCCUUUCGUCGACAAAAAGGUUUAUCGUCACAUGUUCAAAGAUAAGAGAAGGCUGACGAUUCUUUAUUCCAGUCCCGAAGCUGCUCCAGCAUUGAGGUAAACAGAGAGCUCAGAACAAUUUUCAGUUGAGCAUAGGAAAUGGUCUGGGAUUGUAUUGGUUUAGCACAGUUUUUUUCACUCUUUGACUAGUCUAGAAAAUUUGCGCCAUCCCCUCAACCAGUCAGAUAUAAAAGUCAAACCAGUUGCCAUUUAAAUUUUUCACCCACGUUUUCCUGUGCCUUAUGCAAUUUCCUCAUUCCUAAGUCGAGUAGUUAAUGGUAAAGCUUUACUUUUCUUCAGGUUGAAGUCUGCGUUUUAAGAGCGUCUGUGUUCAAAAUUAACUUAUUAUCAAAAGGCAACAUCUAAAAUCGCAGAGUUCCUGCGAAAAAGUAUUCAGAAAAGGAAACCUGCGAGACACACAUGCGACCUCAUAAUCUUCAUUUACGCAGCGAUUUACCACUUCCCGUAAAUUCUAGACACAAACGUUUUCAUGGCAGUCUUCAAUUCAUACUAUGUUUAGAGUGAUAUUUACAUCAAUAACUUUCGACGUUCCACAGCUAUGCAGGCUUUGAUGCUGUCACAGUUGCCAACAAUCAUUUCAACGACUUCGGCACUGAAGGUGCUAAUUUCACCGUUGAAAUUCUUAAGAAGGAAGGAAUAAGAUUUUUCGGCGUUACUUAUGGGAGAUUUGAUUCAUCUCAGGUAGUUCCAUAUCAAUAAUGAUUCUUCCUUUAAUGAAGUAUUUACUACCAUGUUACAAGCUUAAGCGCGUCGACUUCACAUACACAACAACAAAAUGGGCCCACAAAAAUAUUUGUCUAAUUACUUAACCUUUUAACUCCUUAAAUCUGAUUGCUAAUUCUCCUCUCUAGCUACUGCACAUUUUCUCGUAAAUAGGUCAAGAGAAUUGGUGUCAGAUCAAUAUAACAACUUAAAUAUGAUAAUUUCGAUUAUUCUCAUUACCUGUUGGCUGAAUAAUGUAUGGAUUUUAUGGGGAGAAGCUACAUGAUAACCACUUCUGGGAGAUAAGGGGUGAAAGGGAAAGUAAAAUUCUCAAAAGCACUUGUUGUAUUUCCUCCAAAAACCUGUGGCUAAAACUUUGUUAACUAUACGGACAUCCAGGGAGGCGUUUCGAGAAAAAAAUUCAAGAUUACAAUGUAGUUAUAUUAGUAACCGUUAUGGGUAAAAUAUCAACUUGUUAUGAUCGCUAAUUUUCUUCAAAGGAAUUGAGAUAAACUUGUUUAGAAUUAGGAGACCUGGAAAAAGAAAACAAUUACGAUUCAGAUAUUUUAUUCGGUGGAUUAUUUCUAGGAACCUUUGAUAAUGGAAAGAAAAGGAAUAAAAAUAGGAUUUCUUGGAUACUGUGACCAUGUACCAGAUUUCCCAAACUGUACUGUGAUGAGAAGGAUGUACAAAUCUGGUCCUGCUAUCUAUCGGGAUGAUAUUGCCACAAGAGAUGUUAGAAAAAUAAAAGAGGUGAGAACUCAUGGUUUUAAGUUUUGACAAGAGAUUAUAAACUAAUGAUAAUUUCUUGGUUUUGAUCGUUGCAAAGUCCCACUUACCAUCUGAUGUUGCGUGAGCUCAAGUCUCAACCCACACUCGAAAGUUUUCAACUAUUCCUAUACGAUGUUAUUAAUAUUAAUAUUAUAUUAAAUUGAAUUAUCAUAAGUAUAAAAAGAAACUAAAGAUGACCAUGAGAAACUAUUAAAUAUAAUGACUCUUCGUUGGGUUUUUUUUGCUUCAAGACCUUAUUUAGUUAAGUUUUUGAUCAUUUUAUGAAUUUUAGAGAGAGGGAAAAGAUUAAGUUUGGCAAGUAGGUGUUUUCAGUAGAUGUAUCUAUUACUCAAUCAGAAAAAAGAUUUCGUGGCCGAGUUAUUGAUUUUCAUAAACAUUGCAAUCUGAAUUGCGAUCGAGCUGACUCAAAGUUGAAAUUUUACCUUCAAUCAGAGUACAAAGAACGCUUACAAAUUUCUCUUCAUCGUCAGCUUAAUUCUUAAGUCAGUCCCGAGAUAAGAAACCAAAAUAUUAUACAAGAAAAAAGUACACAUACAGCCAGCGUGAACUAAAACUGGGUUCUUUCUUAACUGUUACAGGCUGGCGUGGAUAUCAUCGCGGUAUACAUGCACUGGGGAAGAGAAGUGCUUUUGAAACCGCUCGAUUACCAACUUCAUAUAACAAAGCACCUUUGGUCUCUUGGAGUCCACAUGAUCAUUGGAUCACAUCCGCACGUGCUGCAACCUCACUGGCUGACCAAGGACAACAAACUUGUGGAAUACAGUCUAGGAAAUUUCUUGUUUCCUCCUUUGCGUCCAAUAGGUGGAAACAACCCGGUAACGAGCCUUUUUCUUUUGAUUUAGAGAACACCUUUGAUGUCAAUUCAUUACAUUGAGAGCAUUAACGUAAGGAAAUAAUCAUUUUAAGAUAAUUGAGGAAAAAAAUUAGAUGGCUGAGUUACAAUGGUGGUGGGCUGGUGGUCUCAUUUAUUGUAAGUACUGGCGAUUCAUAGGAGACAAAGGCUUUUUGAUGAAAAGCAUAUGGAUUUGUUUGAUUGACAAUGUUUGUUUGUUUGAUCUUAACUAAGUCCAAUUUUGUACGCAGUUAGUUUACGGUGGAAGGGGUUUUAAACCAAAUCCUCGCUUGAUUGAAUCAUAUGAGUAUGUCACUUAUGAAGUAAGAGAUAUGCUGAAAAUGAGCCGGAUGUUGAGAGUGACUGUCUCAAGGUAAAGACAUUGUUUUCAAUGGUACUAGAAAACAUAAAUCCCUAAAAUAGAACUCUUCCAUAUGACUGGAACACAAAUGCCAUUUAACUGAUGGGCCAUCCGUAAUAAUAUAAGAACUAACUGGUUUGGCGAUUGGGCUGACAUAUUUCUUGAGUUACUUUACCAUUCAGACCGCAACUAAGAGUAAUUACGGCAAGGGACUGCAAAGAAAAAUUCUGAUGUUGUUGCCAGGAUUUUAAAAAUACCUGUUCGAUCGAAGAUAAUCCAUUUUUUUUAAAUUAUUUUGGUUGAUCAGAUAUUUACCUCCAAAUCCCAAUUACACCACAAUCCUUUCCAAAGCUAACACGCUGUAUUUCCCUUCCAAUCUUAACAUAUAGUUUUGUUUCAUUUUUCUAGCGUAGACAGUGUGUUGUUUUCGAUCCGAUUAACCCGCGAGCAGGUUUACAUUAUUCAUGCUUCGGCAUGAGCUCUUCUUCGCCCGCAGGAAAGUAUGAAGCCUCUGGCAAGGCGAGCCAGCGGCAAGGCUGCAUUGGGUCUAGCACUAACUAUUAGAGCUAAGCCUCAAGCAAACCUUCCCCUGACUCGUCUUCAAUCUUCCCGCGGGCGGAGAAACGCGCGUCCUGCAGCGCUAAUAAUGACCUAUUAGCUAAACUGCUGUUCAUUUGAGCAUGGUAUUGACAGUAUACAUUGAACGUUUUCGUUGUUUGUAUAUCGUUAUGUAGACAUGUUAUGCAGGAUUUUUGUUUCUUGUCCAAGGUCAUGCGUUAUGCGAGUGAUGUUAGUCAAUCUUUUGAAAUUUAAUUUCAUCGCGAGAAAUUCACUUAAUAUGUAAAUAAAUGUGCAUAGAACACUCUAAUAAGAAAUUGACUGUUGAGUUUUUCAAUCCAACGUGAUUUUGGAAGGAGUAGGGCUUAUGUUCAUUUAUAAUGAUAACUGCAUGUGUGCAUGUAAAAAAAAAAGCAUUUUAAUACACCACAUUUCAGUUUCCUUCAAAACGCAUGGAUUAUUUACAUCACUAAGAUAAAUUGUUGUCAUUUUUCAGACAUGGUAUAGUAAAAGCCGAAUAUCACCCCAUGAGACUUGUAUUUAAUCAGAAAGAAAAGCGACUUCAUCCUGAACCUGAGAAGCACACAAAAUGGUCUACUGUUUGUGGAGAUGACGAAAAGGAAUGCCAGAACUUAAAAAGACUGGAAACUGGAACUGGAACUGCAUAACUCUUAAUUAGAAGAAAAUAAUGAUAUAAAUAGCGUUAUUACGACUCUGAAAGCAAGAAGAGUGUUAUGUAGACCUCUGCGCCAAGCCGAAUAAAUUUUACAGCUCCCUUGGUCACCAACUUGUACCUGUGGAAAAACGUUAAUUUUUUAAAGUUUUAUCAACCAUGCAUGAUAUCCAUGGCUCCUAAAAAUCUAGAUUCUCCCGUAGAGAUCGCUUCACGCCUUCGGCGCUCGAUUCCAGUGUUUGAGAGAGCGUUCUGCACGUGAAUGUUCCCGCCGUCUCACUUCGGUCCCUAUUCAAAAGAAAGGAGAAAAGUGGAAGCUCGUCAUCUUUCUUCGUUCUAUCAAUUUCCCCUUUGGCUGUUAUGUAUCUCUUUAAAAGCAGUGUUGCAUUUAUAUAUAUACUUCUAUAAACAUAUGACACACGAAAGUGAGGUUGAUUGGUAUUCAAUAAAGAUGUGCACAUCUCUGUUGUGUUUGAACCAACUUGAAUAUAUCUUUGCGCCGUCCGUUUUCUUCCUUUCUUGUUUUAAAGACUGCCUAUUCUUCGUUUGCUCCUUCCACCCCAAACUACAGGAGGUAUGUAAAAGUCUGUUGAAUUUUUACAGUGUGGCAAAAAAGAAUUGUCACCCUUAACAAGUGGGUGACAAAUGAUGAUGAAACAGUUACCGGUACACCUGUUUGUCAAUGUCAAAGGGUCUAUAUGGGUUAUUGUUUUUGCUGUUAAUGUCUUUGCUCUGCCGUCUGUUUUCUUCCUUUCUUGUUUUAAAUACUGCCUAUUCUUCGUUUGCUCCUUCCACCCCAAACUACAGGAGGUAUGUAAAAGUCUGUUGAAUUUUUACAGUGUGGCAAAAAAGAAUUGUCACCCUUAACAAGUGGGUGACAAAUGACGAUGAAACAGUUACCGGUACACCUGUUUGUCAAUGUCAAAGGGUCUGUAUGGGUUAUUGUUUUUCUGUUAAUUUCUUUGCUUUGAUAUUGAAAGAAAAAUAUUUAUGAGACCCUCAGAACAUAGAACACAGCUUUAUGCUUUCACGCCGAUGACUGGUAAUUAUAUAUAAUUGAUCAAAGUUCUUGAUGAAGAACUGUUUGAUUUACGCGGAUAAGAGAAAUAAGCUAAUUUGCUCCUGUUUUGUGCUGACCGGAACGUCAUGGAUGUUCUUGUCUACCUCUUGAUUUCGUUUUGGUACGGAGUUUCUGCAAAAACAACCGGUAAGACUAUAACAAUAAUAAUGAUAAUAACUUUCAUUUACGUUUCAACGUGAUUUAACAUUGCUGCUAACUGGGGACACUUAGGGUUCUUUCUUGAGCAAAUUUCUUUGCGGCCAUCUUCUUUUCUCUGAUCUAAUUGCCGCCUUCCACUCCUUUGUUAUGUAGGGUACAUCUCUGGCUCUUACUUUCUUUUCUACUCUGGGAUUUAUUUUUUGACAAUAUAGGAGCACGUAUCUGCAAAAUAGUGUUGUUUAUCAUCUGAAUAAUCAAAGAUAUCGAUUCAAUGCCUGGGGCCACUUGUUAUAUCAAGCUGAAACUCUGUUUCGUUCAUUGCUGCGUAAUUCCUGACGGACUUCACUUUAAAAUUAUGAUGUUUGAAAUACUUAUAUGAAGUACUUGAUGGAGGUCUGUCUGUAUGUAAUUUUUAAAAGCACUCGUUGGUAAGUCAGUAGCAGAAAUUAAACGAGUGAGCGCAACGAACAAGCGAGAUUUCUGAAACAAACCAACGAUACAUGUCAUUUGAGUGACAUGGCUCACUGCUACUUAGACCAGUUUGUAAAUGAAAAAUUAUCUUGCGCCUUUUCAGUGGGUAAAUCUUAGCCUGUGUAUAACAAAUGAAUGUGAGUGACGAUGUGCUUUGACAAUUAACUCCCCGCUAAUAAGGAAUCGUUGUCUCGAUUUUCUGUCACAGAAAACGUUACCUUGCUGUUUGUUGGAGAUGUCUCCUUCGCCGGUCCCAUCAGAUAUUACGUGGAACAUAAAUAUCACUCAUAUAAUGACACUCUUAGUGAAGUUGCACCAUAUGUCAGAGAGGCAGACAUUUCUGUGGCCAAUUUGGAGUCUCCAUUUAUAAACAAAGAAAUGUACAAAUCAUUGUACGAUGGAGAGAAAACAGUUAUACUAGACGCUAGCCCCGAGGCCGCCCCAGCUCUGAGGUAAACAUCCUUUGAUCCUCAUAGUCUAAAAUAUGCAUACUUUCCCUUUAAAAAUUAAUCCUCAGUAAAAAAUUUCAAAAGAUUGCGGUGCUAAAUCACAAUUCAUGUGUUCAUAUUUUUCAUUCCAUUAGCACUGCUUGUUCUUGCAAUACACUAUGCUCGUUGCAUAUUGUUCACAGUUGUUUGACAAUAACAUUUUUCUGAUCCCCCCAUAAGGAUCUGUACCAUUUUAAUGGUUCCCCUCUUCGGUAGUCAAUUUCCUAUAGUCCCCCUGUAAAACAGAAAAGAAUAAUCACCUGCGUUCCCCCUGAAAACCAUGUGGUCCCCCCCACUUUGUGCCCUCUAAUGGUCUCCCUCUUCGGUAGUCAAUUUCCUAUGGUCCCCCUGUAACACAGAAAUGAAUACCCCCCCCCCCCCGCGUUCCCCCUGAGAACCACGUGGUUCCCCUUUCUGUACCUAUUCUAAUGAUCUCCAUUUUCUGUAGUCAAUUUACCAUAGUCCCCCUUUAACACAGAAACAAAUAAUACCCCUGCGUUCCCCCUAUCUCAGUUGCAUCCAAUACCAGAAUAGAGAACAGUUGAGGUUCGUGUCCGCCUGGCAGCAUGACAAGCAGGCAUAAAAUUUAAAUUUGUGUUCAUUUAAGCAUCACCCGUCUGAUUCUAUCCUUCUCACCAGUUUUGCAGGAUUUGAUGCUGUAACACUUGCCAACAAUCAUUUGAACGAUUUUGGCUCUGAGGGAGCAAACAACAGUGUCGAAGUUCUCAAAAAGACAGGAAUACAAUAUUUUGGUAUAAGCUUUGGAAAGUAUGACUCGCCACAGGUAUCACCAUCCGCUGUAGCACUCAAAGAGUACCCUUUCUCCCUCCCUACCCAUUUCCUCACUCUCAUUAACAUACGAACUAUUUCGACUCUUCUCAUUAGAAUUUUCGGGAUUUUUUUAUUUUUUUAUUUUUUUAUUUUUAUUUUUUAACAUUUUUUUUUAUUUUCACUUAAAGCACAAAUACUAGAGUAAUACAAACAAAUACAAAGUUAAUUACACUAACGCUUACGCUACUCACUAACACUAAUUACGAAAUACUGCGUUGCAUUACAUUCACAGUCGGCUAGAUUUAAUUUAUGUUGUGGUUAUAUAAUAAUAUAAGCCUAAUUUGUACAAAUACUUCUACAUCAAAUUCCUUUUUUGGUAGAACGACUGUAUAUACAACUGCGUCUAUAACUGUUAAUACCCGAUACUCAUCUAUUGAGUUACAAUAACAUGUUUUCCCAUUUUUAUAAUGAAUAGAUUCUUUUUUUUAUUCUUUUUUUUGCAAUCAAAAUUCAAAUUUCCGAAUUUCAGAUGUUUUAGCCUUCAGUAAGGAUACAGACGGCUUGAUAUUUUUACAACGACAGGAAUAAAUGGUAUAUUUUCCAAGAAUGAUUAUGUGAUUUAACAAACAAUUCCCAGGGUUAUUAUCGGAAAUACCAAAGAGGAUUGUUACCUCAUCAAGCUUAUCAAUUUUCAUAUUGUAAGUAUUUAACCAAGAAAUAACCGAAGGCCAAAAGUUUUUAGUGUAGGUACAGCUGAUUAGAAGAUGCUCAAGAGUUUCUUCGUGAUCUCCACAAAAGGUACACAUCGGAGAAGGAACCAAAUUCAUUUUAUAUAGGAUUUUAUUGGUGUAGAGAAUACGAUUUAAGAUUUUGUAUUGAAAGGCUCUCGUUCUGGUGUCAAGAGUGACUCGACCCGGCAAUAGAUAAAUAUUUUUCCAGUCUAUAUUACCUGAAAUAUUAUAUACGGAAUUAAACUUAGAUUGGGCAGUCGGAGAAAUCUGGAUUCGUUUGACCAGGGUGGAAUAGAUUGAUUUUGAAGUCAUUCUAGUUAUAUCUUGAACAUCGUCUGAAACAGUUUUGUCAAUUCGGUUGUUAUUAUUCUCUCCAACGUUAAGGAGCUGUUUCCAGUUAGGUGGAAUGGCGGAAAAAAUGCCUUGUAGGAGUAAGUAAUCUGACAAGGAGAGAUUUUCUCUCUAAAAGCGUCCCACCUUUUUAAUUUUGAGUCAUUUGAGAGAAUAUCUCCAAGUUUCACAAAACCUGCUUCUUUUAUUCUCUUGUUGUAUAUUGAUUUCUUGUUAAUCAAGAGGUUCUGGUUGUUCCAGAUAGUCACAUUUAAAACGUCCUGUUUUGUAGCUAUUAUAUCGUGAUUGCCAUUAAAGUCAGACAAAACUUCAAGACAUUCUUUAUAAAAAGAAGGUAGUUUAUAGGGUAGGCGCGAUGGAUUGAAAUUGCACUGAAGCAGAAAACUGGUUCCUACAUUCUUAAGAUAAUGAGACAAGAAAACUUUCCACGGACUACUAUUAUCAUCUAAAUACCUUGCAAGACACACAAUUCUUUGAGUUUUAAUUAAAGAUUCAGGGUGAGGCAUUUUGAGGCCACCGUCUUCGUAUUCACUAAUUAAGGCUAGUCUUUUGACUUUGUCUUUGCCUCUCCACACGAAAUUGAAUAUCACAGAAUUUAUGCUUUUAAUUAUAUCCUUAUCAAAAGAGAUAAAGGAGGCCCGAUACAUAAACUUAGGCAUAGCAAAUGUUUUGACUAAUUGAAUUUUACCAAUUAAUGUUAAGUUUCUCCAUUGCCAGCAACUUAAGGACUUUCUUAUUGACUUUAAAGUAAGGUCAAAGUUAAGCUCUCUGCUUUUACGCUGAUCAUAAGUGAAAAAUAUACCUAGUAUUUUAAUUGGCUCAUUCACCUUAUUAAUAUCGAGAGCUUCGUGAUUUCGAUAGGAACUUCCUAACCAGUAGGCUUCUUUUUUGUCCUUAUUUAGUUUAAGCCCUGAACAUUCACCAUAUGUGUUCAAUAAGGAACUAAGAGAGUCAUAAGAUUCCUUAUCGCGUAAAAAGUUUGUUAAGUCAUCGGCGAAAGUGAUACAUUUGAUUUCUUUGUUUUCUACUACUAUACCUUUUAUAUCUCGAGUCUGUUUGAUAGCGGUAAGAAGGGUUUCCAAGGCUAAAAUAAAUAAAUAGGGCGAGAGAGGGUCACCCUGUCUAACCCCUCUUCCCAUUGAAAAAAGAGGAGUUGCUACACCAUUAUUCAUAAUGCAGCUGGAUAUAUUAGUAUAGAAAAGACGUAUCCACCUAAUAAAGGAUUCUCCAAAAUUGAACUUUUCCAAGGUCUUAAAAAGGAAGUUCCAACUCAAGGAGUCAAACUCUUUCUCGAAGUCAAUGGUCACCAUCAAACCGGGGAGAUUGUAUAACUUUGUAUAGUCCAUAAUAUCACCUAUAGCUCGUACUGCAUCAAAGAUGUUCCUUCCUUUCACAUAUGCGCACUGUUCAGCACUAAUUAAGUCGGAAAGAACUUUCUCGAGUCUUAAUGUUAUAGCUUUGGACGCAAUCUUAACAUCCACGUUUAACAGAGAAAUGGGUCUCCAAUUCGCAACAUAUCUUUUAUCCUUGUUUUUCUUCUCAAUAAGUUUUAUAAUUCCUUGUUUUUGGGAGUUUGCCAAUUCUCCUUUUCCAUAGGAACUGUUUAAAGAGUCAACUAACAAAUGUCCUAAGGUGGGCCAAAAUACUUGAUAAAAUUCUGCUGUCAGGCCAUCGUUACCUGGGGAUUUUCCGUUUUUAAACGUUUGUAGAGCUUUAAAACACUCCGCCUUUGUAAGAACCCCUUCACAAAUUUGUUUGGCAUCUUCGUUUAAAGUUGGCAAACGACAUUGGUCAAGAAACGCAUCGCUAACAUUGUUAUGAUUGGGUGGGUCGCGGUUAGAGUACAAUUCAGUAUAGAAGUCAUACAAUUCUGAUAAAAUUGAUUUGGGAUUAGUUAUUAAUUUACCGCCUUUAUCAAAAAAUUUACGGACGCAAGAGUUGCUCAUCUUUCUACUUUCUAAAUUUAAGAAAUAUUUGUUAUUUUUCUCACCAUGUUCACACCAAUUGGCUCUAGAACGAAUAACAUUACCUUGAAUAAUAUAAUCAUACAGUGAGUUGUACUCAGAUUUGAUCGUUUCCAGCUGUACAGCGUUAUUUCUGUCGGAUUAGAGUCAAAAAUCUCUUGGCAUUCUUUCAAUUUAUUCUCGAUUUCGCAAAGACGACUUCUCCUUUCUUUUGCCUUUGUUUUGCUAUAUUUCAUUGUUACUUGUCUUAUUUUGUAUUUAAUUAAAUCCCACAGAAGACCUUUGUCUAACACUUCAUUAAAUUCUACUAGCCACGAGGGAACGUUGUCUUUUAUAAGAUUGAUAUAUUCUGGAUCUUCUAACAGGCUAGAGUUAAAUUUCCAAUAUGACGGCCCAGUUGGUUGCAUUUCAACACUGUUAACCUGGAGCACAAUAGCAGCGUGGUCUGUUUUAAUGGCAGAAAUUAUACCUGUGCUGUCCACGUCAUCUUGAAAAUCAUCGCUUAUUAGCCAGUAGUCUAACCGACGUUGGACUAAAGGCUUAUUUUGUUUCCACGUGUAACGCUUUUUGUCCGGGUUCCUUAGUCUCCAUAUAUCUACUAGGUUAAAGUCUAACAUUAGCUCGCGGAUUUUGGUUACCACGUCUUUUUUUUCUGUUUUACUUCCAUAGCUAUCAAGUUGAAGACUUAAUGGCACAUUAAAAUCACCUCCCAUAAUAAACCUGUAGUCCUGGUCAUAGUCGCUCUCAAGUAAAGUAGUCCUAAGGUUUUCAUAGAAGUCAACAGCGUCAUGGGAUUGUUAGGAGCAUAAAUAUUGAUCAACAAAACGGGAGAAUCUUGAACUAACGCUUCAACGAUGACGAAUCUGCCCUGGCUAUCUUUCUUGACCGACUUCAACUCAAAUUGAAGGGUCUCAUCACGUAUUAACACCAGAACGCCUUUGCUAUGAUUGGAUCCGUGCGAAUAAUACAUAUCUCCCAGCCACUGAAAUUUCCAACUAUCAAAAACAUCUGGCGUAUUAUAUGUCUCUUGCAAAAAAAAUAAUCCUUUCUGGUUCCUAGCCCAUGUAAAGAUCGAUUUGCGUUUGUUGAGAUCACGAAUUCCUCUAACGUUCAAGGAUAGAACAUUAAAGCAAACGUUAUUCAUAAGAGUAAGUUGAUAGAUAUUACAUUCUUAAAAUAUGAGAAUGAGUCGGGUAUAAAAAUCGAGUGCGGUUUGAAUGAAAUAAAUUGGUAUCUAACAGACUGCGAUAAAACUACAUGAACAUAAAACGAAAACGAGAACGAAAACGAAGACUGAGGGCGAAAAUAAGUUAACCAAUCCCACAUACCUCUUGCUCCAGAAGAACUGUUUACGAGCACGAACAAACGCCUAGUACAUCAUUCCACCCGAAACCCUUUCACCGGAAUGUGAAAAAAAAAAAUCAAACUGGUAGUGCCCAUGAGGUGUGAGCAAGAAUAUGCAUAACGGAUAAAGUAGAAAGUGACAAAAAUGGCAGGAAUUUUCUACUACUUCUUAAAUUAGCAUUUUCUAGAGAAAAAGAAUGAUCAUGAUAGCAACGUUAACCCAAAUAAACUUAUUACAUUUUACAUUUUGACGUAUUUACCGUUGAUGUAAAGUUUGUCGGGCUCCGAUCUACUAAAAUAAGCACGUUUACCGUCCUUCCUGGCAUUCUUUAACUUCUCCAUUUGGAGCUUUCGCAUCUCGUGGAUUUCUUUCGGGAGGUCUUCAUACAUCUUGUAUCCUGUUUCCUUGAGUUUACGUCCGCAUUUGAGCACCCGUUCUCGGUCUGAAAAUCUUAAGAAACGCGCAAUAAUGAUCCUUUCUCUUCCAUUUUCCUUUCUUGGCUUGCCCAUUCGGUGUACUCGUUGAAAUUCGAUGUUCUUUGCAUCUUCUAUUCCCAGGACUCUUUCAAAGAAAUCAGUCAGCACCGCUUUUGUAUUUUCAGUAGACACGUCGCCCCGCUGAAUAGCUCCAUCUUCUUCGCUCGAAGCGAAAGUUUCGGGGAUGCCUUCAAAUUUCAAGUUUUCGCGUCGAUUGUAGGCCUCCAAGUAUAACAGUUUUCUACGUGUAUCGCUGACGUCGUCAUUGUUUUUAUUAGUCUUAGCUAUCAGGUCUUGUACUUGCUCGUCAACGAAUACAGAACUUUGUUCCAUUGAAGUGAAGUAUUCGUCUAAGGUUUUCUGCUUCGUUUUCACUGAAUCUACUUCUCUCUCCAAAGACGUUACCUUGCUUUGUAGACCUUUGACUGCUGCGUUCAGUUCUUCCAUUUUUGUUUCCAGGUUAGAAAGCUUCGAUAACACUAAAUCUAUUUUGGAUCCGAGUGCUUCCAUGACCUCGUCUUCGUCACACGAUAUCUUAGCCGGAGAAUUUGACUCUUUCAGUCUUUUAUCUUCUGGUGACGGCUCCGAAUCACUGCGAUAGCUACUUUUCCGUUUUGCAGUGAUGAAUAAUUUUUCCAUGGACGUUCAAACGGUAGUAAAAUUGUCCGGUUUACGGAGCCUCGCAACACACGUCUACAUUCUGUGAUGCUCUCCCCAGUCCAGAAUUUUCGGGAUGAUGAAGCUUUAUAAAUGAGUGUAGUGUGUCAUUAAUCGUUUCAUUUCCAAGUUCUAUAUGGGAAUUUUUAUGAUAAAUUCCGCGAAGGGUUUUUUACAUGAGUUUGACUUCAUAUGGUGUGUUGUUUAUUCUCGUCCUCUGUUUGCAGUACAAUUUUGAAAUUGAAUAUCUUCACCUCAAAAAAACCCUAUCUUUUCCUUGUUGUUUUUAGGAACCACUCAUCCUAGAAAGGGAAGGAAUAAAGAUUGGAUUCCUUGGUUACUGCGCCACUAUAAGUCCAACAAUUAAAAAGAACUGCACUGAAAUGAGAAUGUUGUUCAACUCUGGUCCAGCCAUUUAUCGAGAUGAUAUUGCUACACGAGAUGUCCAACAUUUGAAGAAGGUUUUGUUUUAGUUUAGGUUUGAUAAUAAUUUAAGGAACGGAAUUGUGAUACGAGUUUGACAAACUAAACGAUAAUCAGACAUGUACAGCUUAGCACGUUUCUCUCUACUAAUUGAGACUGUAAGACUUCUUUACUUUUGUUUAAUUUCAUUUAUCUUCCAUUUCAAAGCAAUUUUACCACCGAUUGGUGUUGAUUAUUUCCAUGACAAGAUUCAACGGAUAGAUAGACAAACCACAUACUGGUGGCGAGGAACGCACAAACUCCCUUAAUUAAAAAUGAAUGGCAUGCUCGUGCAGGGAAAGGGGGAGUGGGGGCAGAUACACAAAAGCAUUUAAAAUAUCUGCAAAGGGCCUUCCUUGAAACAGACGCUAGAUUAUAAAUAGAGGUACUUUGGAGUGAGUGUUGCAUAAACAAAACCGAAAUAAUCACAAAGGCUCACCAAGCGAAACAAAAAAAUUAAUACCGCAACGACACAAUGAGAACGCGAAGGAAAAAGAGGCAAACUUUGUAAAGCGCCGGUCGAGAUGAAUGUCAAAUUCACAAUUGGUUUUACUUUUUUAUUUGAUUGAUUGGCGGGUUGUCUUCAAUUUCUUCCGCUAGUCAUAGAGCGAUGAUAAGCAAGUCAAAAGCAAUCCCUGAUUUCUUUGCAUGGUCCAAUGAAAAUUGUUUUAAACACUACCAUCAGUACGAGUCUCGCUCACCACAGAGUCUCUGUGGCUUAGUGGUAGAGCAUCUGAGCGUGGAAUCCGAAGGUCUAAGGUUCCAUUAAUUAUGGGAAAUCAGAAUUUUUUCUUUGUCCCACGCUCGUGACAAGACGAAAAACUAUCCCUAUUUCGUUAUCGAGCUUAAAACUUACCAUCUCUCAUUCUAUCAGUAUCUUUAUUCCCAAAGGCUAAAGUCGGCAUAAUAGUCGUCAUGAUGCAUUAUGGGCAAGAACUCUUCCUGACACCGCUUCCCUACCAGCGUCGUAUAAACAAGCACCUGCUGUCUCUCGGUGUGCAUGUGAUCAUUGGAAGCCAUCCACACGUGCUCCAGCCCUGCUACGUCAAACAUCGAAAACUUGUAGCAUAUAGUUUGGGAAAUUUCCUGUUCCAUCCGGGUAGAGCACCAAGUGGAAAUAGCCCGGUAAAAUAACACAACUAAACUAACACUGCAUACAGAUUCUUUAAGCUUCCGUCCUCGGCUGAGACCAACCAUAAAUAACCGGAGAAAAAAAAUGGUUUAAGAAUCUAAUGCAUCUCAGAUGGAACAGAAAUAGGUUUAUGCUUUACUGCGCCACUUGGAAAGAGCAAAAAGGAAAGUGUUGUUCCAUAAAUCGAUGAAAACUCAUACCACCAUCAUUACCACUAUCGUUACUGUUACCUUUACCUUUACCGUUGCCUUAAGCGUUACCGUUACCGUUAUCGUUACCGUUAUGGUACCGUUAUUGCCUCCAAUGUCGUAAUAAACAUAUCGACAGUGGACUCACGAGGCGCUACUAGUACCGUUACAGUUACCUUUACCGUUAUCGUUCCCGUUACCUUUACCGUUACUUUUACUAUUACCGUUUCCGUUACCAUUACCUUAACCGUUAUUUUUACCAUCACUGUUACCGUUACCUUUACCGUUAUCUUUACCGUUAUCGUUACCGGUACGAUAUCGUUUCCGUUACCAUGACCUUAACCGUUAUUUUCACCAUCACUGUUACCGUUACCUUCAUCGUUAUCUUUACCGUUAUCUUUACUGGUGCAGUACCGUUUCCGUUACCGUUACCUUAACUUUUACCAUUAUCGUUACCGUUACUGUCAUUACCUCAAAUGUCAUGAUUAAAAUGCAAAGCCGGUUGCUUUUCUUUACUUUUCUAGAAGACGUAUGGAAGACUUGGAGAGAAACCUAAUCAAUACAAAAUAAAGGCUUUCGAACACUUCGUGCUGGAAAAUUCGGGUGAUAUAAGAGCGUCGCAAAUGCUGAAAGUUACGGUUUCAAGGUACUUAUGAACACCAAAACUCUUAAAGUUGAUGUAAAAUAAUAUUUGUUGCAUAAACUUUUUUUAUCGGGAGCGCCUAUCAUCGUCACUGUCUUUGUAACUGUCUGUAUCAUUUUCAAUAUAAUUCCUUGCUUUUAUAAUCGUAGCCAUUGACACUAGAUUAGUAAAAAUGUAGGAUAUAUCACCUUUAGUGAGAUAAUGAGGUGGCCUGAUAUUGCAAAAUGAAUUACUCCUCAUAUUGGCAAUUCGUACUUCACGUAUAGAGGUACAAAGUCAUUUCCUGAAGGUCCAAUAAGUCGUUAUUUUUAGUGAUGUUUUUGUUUCAGGGGAGGCGUCGUGGAUGCAAAAUAUUUGCCACUGAAAAUCGCAUUUGAUCUUAAAAGAAAGCGGAUUCAUCCCAUUUUAAAGGAUGCAAAAUGGAUCACAGUUUGCAGAAAUAUGGAUAAGAGACAGAUAAAAAGAAAUGGGAGACUCUCCGCAGAUGACUUGAUCAUGAAGACUUCUGAACUCCGAGAGACAAAUAGCCUUUGA